GUCAACAGCUCGAUGGCGCCUCCCCCCCUUCUUCCUCCUCCAAUCAGCCUCUGGAGCUUCAGACUCACACUUUCCCCCCCACCGACUACCAGUACCAACUGCAGGGGUCCCUGUACGACUCCCAGGGGCUCCAGUACGGCUCCCUGGGGAACACCAGAACCUUCGAGUGCCCGAGUAUCCAGAUCACUUCCAUCGCUCCCAACAGCCAUGUGGAUCCUGGAAGCGGACAGGAAGUGAUGGCGUGUUGCCGGGCGGAGGGCGGGAACCCCGAGGCAUCCUGGGGCCAGCUGUACCUUCCUCUGGUUCCCAGCUAUAGAGACCCUGCUCUGAGUGCCAGUCCCUGCAGCAGCCUGUCCUCUCGCAGCUGGAUGUCCGACCUGUCCUCCUGCGAGUCCUUCUCCCACGACGACGUGGAGGCGGAGCUUAGGGACGCCGCUCACCUGGCUCUCUGCUCCCCCGUGGGCUCACCUGGCUGCGGGGGCGGGGCCUUCGGAGUGGAGCUUUGGCAGCAGAAGUACCAACAUCCUGGUGCUUUCAGUCCAUCGCUGUCGCCUCACCAGUCGCCCCGACAGUCGCCUCAUCACUCCCCCCGGACCAGCGUCACAGAGGAGAGCUGGCUGACCCCCAGACCCACCUCCAGGCCGUCCUCCCGACCAACGUCCCCCUGUGGAAAGAGACGUCACUCCAGUGCUGGCCCCCACGCCCGCUCCCACUCCCCCCAUCACUCCCCCCAUCACUCCCCCAGCCCGGGAGCCUCUCCGCGGGGCAGCGUCACUGACGACUCCUGGGUGGGGAGUCCCGCCGCCGCCUUCCUGCUGUCGGGCUACCAGGAGCUGGACGUCCCCUCAAAGACCCGGAGGACCACGGGGGGGCUGCUGGCUGGGCAGGGGGACCUGGAGGCCUUCCUGGACCCCCCCGGGGAGGAGGGGGCGGGGCAGGACGACCUCACUGACCUCUUCCUGCACGUGCCCUCACACUUCAGCUGGAACAAACCCAAACCUGGGAACCCCCCUCUGUUCAG